GAGAGGGAGUAAGAAGGAGAUAAAGAGAGGGACAGAGGUUGAAAAAAUGCGACGAUCGUGUCCGGCCGAUGGUUGGUGCGCACAUUGUUCGCGGUGGUAUUCGCAAGAGUGAUUUAACAUGGCCGAAUUUUGACUUCGCAUCGCUGCAUAUACAAGCAUCCGCAUCCCCCCGUACGCAUCACACGGACGCGCACCGACACACUGGCGUACAGCGACUGACAUAUCCCCGGGGCAGAUCGAGCCGCAGUCGACGUCGCAGCCUCGCAGCGGAGCCCCCCAACCCCGGGUUCUCAUGUUCUUACGAAGACGUCGACGCUCAAGGCGCGCGGAACGCGAAAUUGCAACGGUCCGUUUAAUGCGUUCGCUUAGGAGAAGCUUCCAGCUCGCGUCGCUUGGCUCAUCGGCGGCGAAGAGCGCCUGCAUACACAUACGGACGAUCGGCGAACGUUCAGCAGCUAACGCCAGGCCACUGGUUGCCGAGCCCAGCCUCUGACAAACGUUCAACGCACCUCUGAGAACCUGAUUAUCCAGUUAUUUAUCAUGGUGGAAAGUGGCAGAGAAUACGUUUUGCAGUGGCCCGGCCAUGCAGCUUAUGUUACAGAGAGGUUUAGCGGACUCCUUGCCCGACAAGCACUGGUGGAUGUUACAUUAAUAUGCGAAGAACAAAAAUUAAGAGUGCAUAAGCUUGUAUUGGCUUCCUGCAGUCUUUAUUUUGAAGAAAUAUUGGCAGAAGAUCUUGGUCCAGAACCAGUUAUACUUCUUAGAGAUUUAAACUUUAGCAUUCUUAAGGCCAUGAUUGAGUUCAUGUAUUGCGGUGAGACAACCGUGUCACACGUUCAUUUGCCAUCGCUGCUGGCCGCAGCUCGAUUAUUUAAAGUAAAAGAGCUAGAGUCUCUUGUGGAAAAAAUGGUAGGCUCUCAUACCCAAGAUCACAAUGACAACAACGAAGAAUAUCUGGGAAAGGAUGUAGGAGGGAAUGGUCGAAUGAACGGGCUGAUGAAUAACGACGACAAUGGAAUUCGUGUAAGUUUUACGAAUAAGCACACCAGCAAUGGCCAGACCUCGUUUGAUGCAUCGGAAAGCAGCGAUUCCGAGUCCGAGAGAAACUACCUCGAGGAGAGCAUGUCAGGCAACUUUCUCGACAGCUCGAACGAGCGUUGCUUAUACGAGGAGCCUUGCGGUCUGGUUAAAGGCAAAGCAGUUCCCUAUUCUUCGUUGCAUAGAAACGGCGAAUUGGCCAAAGAUAAUGCACUGAGGCAAAAGCUCGCUCAUAGAGAGAAGUCCGUGGACUCGGUGAGCGACUCGUCGUCGACCCUCGAUUCCGAGCACUGCGAGAAGGAGUCGGACGCAACUUUAUACGAGAGAUGCUGCGACUUUGUCAAUAACGGUUGUACAAAGAGCGAGGAACGCUCUCAAGUCUACCUUAAGCCCGAAUGCACAGAGAACGAGGUCAAUCGGGUCGGACAGUGUUCCAAGGUGUACACGCACAAGAAGCGCAAAGCGGUAGACGGUAAUAAUACUUCGAAAAGAAAUGCUCAUUUUGAAAAAGCACUGCCCCAACCCCUCACCUCUAAUCGUAUCGAUCUAAUCGACGAGUCAACGAGCGAUGAUACACCGGUGACUCUAAAAACAAAUUUAGACACCGAGAGUUCGGAUUACCUUUUGAGUUUCAAUAGUGAGAGUAUACAGUCCAUUGUUGGAUGCUCGCUGACUGAUUUUUACCCCUCUAAUACGUUCGAGCUGCUGAACACGCGAACCCACGCGGCUCCUGGAAUAGACGAGAAGGAUAACGUGGAAGAAGAGGAUAGGCCACCUGUGCUUAGGAGGAGCGUACGGCUUAAUCAACAAGAGACCGACGAGACUUAUCCGCCGAGAUUGAAGUCCAAAUUACGGGACGACAAGAAGAGCCAAUCGGGCACGAAUAUAAAGCUCUUCUCCCGUACGAAACGCAAGAAAGAGCUAGAGCGCCGAGUUCCAAACGUAAAAGUUAUAUUAACGACACAGCCAGCAAGAAAGAAUCAUACGCGACCAUUGCGCAAAGCAUCGAAACUUGUGGGACGAUGCACGACGAAAAAUCAUCUGCCCAAGAGCGAGAAGGACAUGAGCAAGCCAAAACCGGCGGACAAACUGCCGAAUCCUGUGAACUUGGAGAAGCUUGAAAUACCGGAGCAUUAUCACGUAAGCGAGACCGUGAAGCCAAACACGACGGCCUCGGUUAAUCGAGCCUUGUGGGGUGACAUGUCGGACGUGGCCGAGGACGGCGAGGUCGGCGAGGAGUUCCUCGAGUACUCGUCGAGCGCGGAAAUACCGUUCGCUGUUGGACUUUUACCGCUUCGAGCUGCUUUAGAGAGAAUGCAGGCCACUCUGGACCAUCAGCCGAGAAAGACGCGUUCCUCCGUCGCCUCUACCAAGCAAGAGUCCAGCAGUCUUAAGAGAAAAAAUUCGCCAACGCAUCAGGAGAUCUCAUCGGGGGGGAAGAAACAAAAUGCAAAUGACUGUAUGAUGGAGGACAAUCCUAGUGCGGUUUGUCAUAUACAAAUAAGAACAUCCCCGCAGUGUUCCAGACCACGAAAGAGGUCGUUGUCUGAUGGUGCUGCCACCUUAGGACACACGACCGUCAGUGGAAGGCCAUAGUUCACUUUGUGUAUCUUCGACUCUUAGGUUUUAGAGCGUACAACAUGUUUUUAAGUUACUAAAUAUGCCACUUUUCGUUUAUUUAUGUUGUAAUUUUUGUUAAACCUUAUUUUUGUAAAAUUAAUCCGUAAU